AUGAUUUAUGACAAAGUUGAAUUGUACGACAAAGACGUGGAUGAAAUCAUUAAAAGAGAGGAGGAAAGACAGCGAACUAGUCUCGAGUUGAUUGCAAGUGAGAAUUUCGCUAGUGUUUCGGUACUACAAGUUGCCUCUUCAGUCUUAUGCAAUAAGUACAGCGAAGGACAAAUUGGCAUGAGAUACUAUGGUGGUACAGAAUAUAUUGAUCAAAUUGAAGCACUUUGUAAGAAGAGAGCAUUGGAAUUGUUUAAUUUGGAUCAGAAUAUUUGGGAUUGUAAUGUUCAGGUGCUAAGUGGAUCUAAUGCUAAUUUGGCUGUUUAUUUGGGACUAAUUGGCAAGGAAGGGAAGCUGAUGGGCUUGGAUCUGCCUUCUGGUGGCCACUUAACUCAUGGAUUCAAAACACCAACAAGGAAGAUAUCAGCCAGCAGCAUUUUCUUUGAAUCAAAAUCGUAUAAGACGAACAACAUGGGUGUAAUUGACUACGAUGAACUCGAAAAGGGAUUCAAUGAAUUCAAGCCAGAUUUGGUGAUUUGUGGAGCAAGCGCCUAUGCCUUGGAUUUCGAUUACGAGAGACUCAGGUCAAUCUCAAAAGACUGCUANAAUGCUAAUUUGGCUGUUUAUUUGGGACUAAUUGGCAAGGAAGGGAAGCUGAUGGGCUUGGAUCUGCCUUCUGGUGGCCACUUAACUCAUGGAUUCAAAACACCAACAAGGAAGAUAUCAGCCAGCAGCAUUUUCUUUGAAUCAAAAUCGUAUAAGACGAACAACAUGGGUGUAAUUGACUACGAUGAACUCGAAAAGGGAUUCAAUGAAUUCAAGCCAGAUUUGGUGAUUUGUGGAGCAAGCGCCUAUGCCUUGGAUUUCGAUUACGAGAGACUCAGGUCAAUCUCAAAAGACUGCUACUUGAUGUGCGACAUGGCCCACAUUUCUGGGUUUAUUGCAACUGGUUUAAUGAACAACUGCUUUGAUUACUGUGACGUAGUAACAACCACAACUCAUAAGUUGCUAAGGGGACCACGAUCUGCCAUAAUUUUCUAUAAAAAGACUAAGGAAUUCAAAGACAGAAAAGUGGACGUAAAGAGCGCAAUUGACAAGGCUGUCUUCCCAGGAUUGAAUGGUGGUCCACACAACCAGAAGAUAGCAGCACUAGCAGUGGCAUUGAAACAGGCAAAGAGUGAAGAAUACAAGGAAUAUUGCAAACAGGUGUUAAAGAAUGCUAAGGCAAUGGCAGACCAUUUCAUUGAAUUGGGUUGCACCGUAGAAUGUGGUAAAACAGAAACACACCUCUUUCUACUGAAAUAUGAUGGUGUUGGCGGGACUGAAAUUGAGAAAGUCUGUGAGUUGGCUAAUAUCAGUCUUAAUAAGAACUCAAUCAGCACUGAUAAAAGUCCAUUUAGGCCAUCAGCAGUGCGAAUUGGUCUACCAGCAAUGACAACCAGGGGAUUCCAGGAGUCAGAUGUUCUGAAAGCAGCUGAUUUCGUUUUCAAGGCGAUUUGUAUUGCAAAAAGCGUCUCUGAGAGGACUAGGGAUCUGAAUGAGUUUGUGGAAUCAAUUAAAGAGAACAAGGAGAUUAUGGAUCUGAAAAAGGAAGUUGUUGAGUUUGUUACUCAAUUUCCAAUUCCAAAAUUCAACUACAGGGAAUAA